AUUUCACUGCCUGGACACACACACACCAGCAGCUCUUGUGUACAUUCUGUACUUUCUGGUAGGGGGGCGUGUGUGUUUGUUUGGCUAGCUACGUCAUUUUUCCGCGACGACAUCACUGCUCCCCGCGUGCGCCGCCGUCGCAUGACAACACACGAAGCCAUGGCUGCUGUCGGCUUCUGCGGAGAGUGGAUUAUUCUCACCUGCGACACCAAACUGGUCGCGGUUCACACCAAGCAGAGCAGGGAAGCGUUUGUGUUCGACUGCAGCGCUGCCGAGAAGAAGCCGAAGAGCACGAAUGAGGAUCACAACAGAUUUAUGGGAACAGAAAGCAGGGACAUCAUAAUGCAGUGCAUUGGGAACGUGGAGGUUUCUCAGUUUGUCUCCUCUGUCAUCAGCGAUGACGGCGCCUCAGAGGAAACAGGAAGUGACAAAAUCCUCACCUUCGCCGUGUCGCCAUCCGGGAAGCUGCUGGCACUGACUGAUGACAACAAGAGGCUGGUCCUGUUUCACUGUGAGCCUUCGUGGCGUUGCAUCAGCGUCAGGUGUGUGGUGAGGAGGUGCACCUCCCUGCAGUUCAGCCAUGCUGAGGACGUGCUGCUGGCGGCUGACAAAUCAGGAGACGUUUACUCCUUCUCGGUGGUGGAGCCGCAGACGGAGGGCGAGCUGAAGAUGGGACACCUGUCCAUGCUGUUAGCUGUGACCGUGUCGCCGGACGACAGGUACAUCAUCACAGCCGACCGCGAUGAAAAGAUCAGAGUGAGUCACCUCGGGACUCCCUACAACAUCCAGUCCUUCUGCCUGGGACAUCAGCAGUUUGUCAGUGCUCUGCUGGUCCCACAGAGUCAUCCACAGUGGCUGCUGUCAGGAUCAGGGGACGGCACCGUGAAGCUGUGGGAGUACGAGUCCGGCCGUCAGCUCCAGAGCUGGGACCUGGACGAGCUGGAGGAGACGCGGAGCUCCGACGCUGACAGACAGAAGAAGCCAGCGGUGUGCAGGAUCAGCUGCUCUCCUGACGCUCGUCAUCUUGCUGUGCAGUGUGAGAGAGUGUCCACGCUUCACUUCUGCUCUGUGGAGGAUGAGGAGAAGCUGGUGUCACGCUGCAGGCUCCCGCUGCCCUGCUGCCCCCUGGACGUGACCUUUGACCCCGCGGGACGGCUGUGGGUGCUAAUGGACUGCAGCGACGCACCGCUGCGAGUGUACGCCCACAGAGGAGACUCCUGGGAGUGUGACGCUGAGAGCCCCGAGCUGAACCGAGUGACUGCAGCCUUCAAGCCGCACUGGGACACACUCGAGGCUUCCACCAGGACUAACAAGCGCUUUGAGCACCUGCACAAGGUGAGCUUUGACAACGUGACGGCGUACCUGCAGAAGAAGCAGCAGAGGCUGGAGGAGCAGCAGCUGAAGAGGACGAAGGCGCAGCAAGCAAACGGCAAGAAGAAGGCCAAGACGGAGACGCCAGAGGCCGCCACUCAGUCCUGAGGGGACACUUUGCAGACAGCUCUGUUAUUUCCCUUCUGCCUUGAACGAUGAAUCUGAGUUGAACCGGAAGCGCUGAAGAAGCGUGUGGCGAGCGUGUGUGCUUCGCCACAUGGCCUGUGUGGAUGAAUUUCUAUGUUUGGCUCAAGUUUCUGGCUGAUUUUUUUUUUCUUCUUUUUUUUUUUUUACAAUAAACGCUGCAGCCUACAUUAAACUGCA